ACAGAACUGACGAGCAAAGCUUGUGACGGGUAGUUGGGUGGGAGAGGCAACGAGGGGGAGUGCUUACAGGGAACCCACAUUCCACGCUGGACACUUGACUGUGUUGUAUUGUCUGAACUUACUCUAGACGGUUUUAUUGCACCCUGUCAUGAUGGCUGUUGCUCUCUUGCUAAUAAUCUUCGGGUGUAUAGUGCAGAGCCAGGGUCAGGCUUACCAACCUUACGGCACCCACGCGCCCGUUCCAGUGGUCACCCCCACGACCUCUACUGUUACAGCUGAGACGACCCUGACCCACACGCUGCGGGAGACGACGACCUCUGACGUGUGGGUUACAGAGCAGACGGCGAUCACCCUGACAGUCACCCAGACAACCACCCAAUGGGACUUUGUUCCCCAGUAUCCACAGACGGUGACCUCUGUGAUAAGGGUCACCUCCACACCGGUAGUGGUUGAGACGGCUACGGUGGGGGUCAACCCAGUGAGCACAAUGGUGUCCAUCUACAGUCAGUUCGUCACCACCACAGAUACUGCUAAAUACUGGCAGACCAUAACCCACGUCGCUGUCACUCACGAGAUCCAGACUGUUCCGGUGGUGACCACACAAGAGCUUUAUCAAGAGAUAGUAACUACGGUCACCCAGAUAGUAACGACGACGGUUACCUCCUCCACUGCAAGAUACUAUGCUUGAUCUUCUUGCCUUUUGUUUAAUUCGUCUAGUAAUUCUUAAUGUUAAAUACUCUAUUUGGAGUGAAAUAAAUGUACUAAACUUGGGUCCUAAUAAAAUGAAUGUUGCAAUA